AUGCCCGGUGUCUACGGAGGCGACGAGAUCAAUGCCCUCGUCAUUGACGCCGGCCACUCGUCCAGCCGCGUCGGCUGGGCCGGCGAGGAUGGUCCGCGUGUAGUCAUGCCCUCGUACUACGGACACUCGUCUAUCAGCGACCAAGACAUCACCGACCUGGAAUCGCAAGCAGCGUUGCUUGCCUCGACCUCGUCGCAUCCACACGACCAGCCCAGCGACUCGGCAGCAAACGGCGAUGGCGACGAGACCAUGGCCGAUGCAGAUGGCUUACAGAACGGCGCUUCCUCAUCGAACGGCAACGGCGCAGCAGCUACUGAAGAAGCUUCCGACACGCGUCUCAAGCAAGCGCGUGCCAAGUCCGCAUCCAAGGUGCUGCGCUUCUCGGUCGACCGCGAGAAGAAGCGCCGCCGCUAUGUCGGCGACAACGACCUCAACCUCUACCGACGUGACAUGGAGAUCUCCUCCAUCUUUGACGACGAUGGCAUCGUGGCCGACCACCCGGCGUUUGCGCAGCUGUGCUCGUUCGGGCUAGACCAGCUCUCGUGCGACGCGCGCGAGCAUCCCCUGCUGCUCACCGAACCUGCCUGGAACACGCGCGAGUCGAGGGAGAAGCUCACCGAGCUCGCCUUCGAGACGCUCGGCAGCCCCGCCUUCUACCUCGCCAACCGAAGCGUGCUCAGCUCGUUUGCAGCAGGCAAGCCGUCGAGCCUGGUCAUCGACAUUGGCUCCACCAGUGUAUCCACCAUCCCCAUCGUCGACGGCUUCAUCCUGCGCAAGGGCAUCCACAGGCACAACAACGGCGGCGAUGCCAUCAACCGCGCCCUGCUCUACAGUCUGCACCACUCGCGCGGCGGCGCAUUCGGCGGCGUCACACCGCAGUGCCUCAUCAAGUCGCGCUCGGCGGUGGACCCCGGUGUGGCGGCCAACGUGGUGCUGCGUCAGGAUCGCAUCGAGGGCUCCACACCAUCAUUCCGCAACUACCACGUGAACCGCGUGGUGAAUGACUUCAAGGAGAGCGUGGCGCAGGUGCUCGAGGUGCCGUGGGACGAGCAGCAGGCGCAGUUCCGAAGCGGACGCAUGUACGAGUUCCCCGACGGCUACAACGACGCCUUUGGCAUCGAGCGUCUCAAGGCCCCUGAGCUGCUCUUCAGCCCAUCGCUCUGGAACGGCGUCUCGUCCGCCGAGUCGCUCGGCGCCGUCUUGCAUCCCUCGUCCACGCCCUCGAGCGGCGAUGGCGCUACUGGCUCCGAGGGCGCUGCGGUGGCUGGUGGCGGCAAGGCGAGCGUGGGGUUGGCCGACAUGGUGCUUUCGUCGAUCAAUGCCGUCGACGUCGACUCUCGGCCCUCGCUGUUUGGCAACAUCGUGCUCGUGGGUGGCAGCUCGCUCAUCUCGGGUCUCACCGACCGUCUGAGCUACGAACUGGGCGUCAAGGCUCCCAACCAGAAGGUCAAGAUCCACUCGCCAGGCAACUCGACCGAACGAAGACACUCGUCGUGGCUCGGCGCCAGCAUCCUGGCCAGCCUGGGCACCUUCCACCAGCUCUGGAUCUCCAAGCAGGAGUACGACGAACACGGACCCGCCAUCGUCCAUGCUCGCUGCAAGUAG